AUGAAACUCACCGUCAUCGCAGGCUACACUGGCUUCCUCCUCGCCAUCCCCGCUCUAGCCAGCAUCAGCGACUCCUGCAAGAGCCUGAAGCUGACCAGCAACGACGCCGGCGCCCACGUCUGGUUUACCGCCAACUGCUCCGGCCUGCGCGAGUGGUCGUGCUCCAUCAUCGACCUCGAUUUGUGCUACGGCUGGGUCAUCGGGAGCCAGACCAACACCGCGACGAUCGUGGCCGAGGCGUUUGGUAACUUUGGAACCAACUGCACCACCUGCAAACAAGAGGUCCUUCAUGAUCCCGCGAUCGUCACCUGCAACUGCCUAGCCUACUAUGACGGCGAGGUAGGGUCCAUCUACGAGGACACGCAGUUCAGUCUUGACGCGGCCCUGGAGAAUGCCGACGGGUUUCUGCAGUGCUUUGAGCAGCAGGGACGUUUUCAGAGUUUCUGCUGA